CUGAUAUGGCAUCUCGUUCCCCCUUCAGGAGUACCAGAGUUCGACCUAGUCCGACCUUCGGAGGGAUACCACGGCCUGGUUUCGGAGGAUGACACCGUCGUAGAGCUACAGCCUGCCAUCCGAGCCACUCCUGACGUCUGCUCCUAUAGGAUUGUGAACAAGCACCACGGAGAGGCACCUUUUGUGAUCCAGCUCAGAGACCCAGACACCGGCGAAGCAGAGCUGCUGACCAAGAGACCACUGAACUGCGAGAAACGAAAGAACUACAAGUUCGACAUCACUGCUGUCUCCUGCUCCGGCAUCGAGUCCCGCAAUGUCACAGUGCACGUGAAGGUCAGUGAUGUGAAUGAGUAUGCCCCAGUGUUCGUCGAGCCUUCCUACGUCGUGGGUGUUGACGAAGGACGCCUCUACGAGGAGAUCCUCACCCUUCAGGCUGAUGACCAGGACUGCUCACCCAAGUACGGGGACAUCUGCCGCUAUGAGCUCAUCACGAGGGACCAGCCAUUCAGCAUCGACAGUGAAGGAGUUGUACGCAACACUGAGCCUCUCGACUAUGAGAAAUCCCACAACCACAUACUUUCUGUGGUGGCUUACGACUGCGGGAUGAAACGCUCACAGCCAGUCAUGGUCACCAUAAAAGUCAACCGCGUAUGUCAUCUUGGAUGGAAAGGAAUCAGCGAACAGAUUGAAUACUCUCCCGGAUCUGGUCGACAAGAACUGUUUCCCUCAGCCUCCCUGGAACUCUGUAAUGUUCCUUGCCACGUAGAACGCGUCCAGGCUCGUAUUGGUCUCACCACAAACCACAUUGGCAAGGGAUGUGAUCGUGACACUUACUCAGUUGCAGCCCAGAGAAAAAUGUGUGGAGCAAGUUCCUCUAGCAUUGAACUGCUUCCUGCCCCUGGUGCUGGAAAAGACUGGACAGCUGGCUUGCACUCUGAUGAAGGCCACGAGGGUGACCUCAUUUACGAAUUUGAAGGAGAUUCCUCUGGUGCUGUCAUCCCAGAAUCAGUCCUUAAUCAUAAUCUCACCUCCAUGUUUACCAUCUCCACUUGGAUGAAGCACAAGUCUCAUCCAAAUGCUGAUAAGCACACCAAGGAACACAUUCUCUGCAAUGCAGAUGACCACAAAAUGAACCGCCAUCACAUGGCCUUGUUUGUGCGCAACUGCCGUCUCAUCCUUCUCUUGAGACGUGACUACACUGAAGCCAACCUCAACACCUUCCAGCCUGCUGAAUGGAGAUGGAAACUUCCUCAGGUUUGUGAUAAUGAAUGGCAUCACUAUUCUGUUCACGUCAAAAUGCCAGAAGUAACUUUGUAUGUUGAUGGGCACAUCUUCAGACCUGAAAAUGGUGAAUCUCCAGAGGUCAUUGAUGACUGGCCUCUUCAUCCAACCCGUGGAAUCAACACAACUAUGACUGUUGGAGCUUGUUGGCAAGGCUCAGAAAGCGCAAUGAAGCAUGGGCUCACUGGGUACCUUGCUGGCUUGUCCGUGUUAGUUGGUGGCCUGGAGUCUCCACGUGUCCUCUCUUGCCUUACUCGCUGCCAGGAGGCCCUUGAUACUCCUGCUAUGGAACUCCUCCAACCAAGCAUGGAGCUGCUCACAAACAAUGAGAUGACUCAAAUCACAAUUGAAGGUAACAAUGUCACAAAUUUGGAAACACUGAUUCGUCGAGUUGCCUACGUGAAUGGCCGAGACUUCCCAACCCCUGGACGCCGACCAGUUUCUGUGAUCACCAACAUCUUGUGUGACUCUGGAAAGGCUCUAAAAGUUGCCACAGCUCAGAGCUUUGUUGUCGUGAUGCAACCACACCAGCCCAGCAUUGAGCUGAAUGGCACAACAAACUUUGCUGAAGAAUACGAAAGUUUCAGACAGGGCCUGCGAGUCUUCCCUGACAUUGGAGUCUACCUCUCAGCAGCAGCAGAGGAAGCAACAGCACCCACUCCUGGUGGCCAGUUGGAUGAAUGUGUGGUAUCAGUGUACCCACCUCUUAACCCUGAUCAUGAAACACUGGUCCUUCCUGACAAUCUCAUUGCUGAAUUGGGCUUGGCAGCAUCUGUCACAAGGCAAGGGGCUACCAUCUCUGGAGCUCACACCACCCACCACUAUCAGUCUAUUCUUCGCCAGAUUCACUAUGCUAACCGAAAACCUGCAUACUACUUGAACAGAGCAUUCAAGCUCUCUUGCAGCGAACUUGGAGGAAGAUUCACCAGCAAUGAAUAUGUUCAGACUGUAACGGUUAUCCAUCCUCAGCUCAGCGUCGAUAAAGGAAUUGGUGUGAUUGGUGGCCCACUUGGUGCCGCUGCUGUGCACAGUGAUGAACAUCAGCACCAGUCCACCCUGAAUGAGCCUGCUGAAGUGCAAGUUGCCCAUCACAACCCACCUCCAAUUCCAGCACAUGCUAAACUUUCUGGCCACCAUGUAGAGCUCAAACCAGCCCACACUGUAAAUGAUGUGUACUUCACAUCUAAUGUUAUGGAUGGAGUGGCAGUCAACAGUGCAGGUCAUGCAGUCACCAUCAUCAUUGUUGUAUGUGUUGGAUUCCUUGUCUUUAUGGUCGUUUUGGGAGUGAUUCGCGUCCGUGCUGCUCACACACGCCACACUCAUGAAGAUGUUGCAGAUGCUGAAAUGGCUUGGGAUGACUCUUCAUUGAACAUCACUGUCAACCCAAUGGAGCAACAACUCGAACUUGCUGAGACUCAGCGUCUCAGGGAUGACGAUGAUGACGAUGAUGACUCCUCUGAUGAUGGGAAUAAUUACAGCGAUGAUCUGGACUCUUCGGAUGAAGACGAAGGGAAACCAAAAGAGUUGGAGUGGGAUGAUUCAAAUCUCAAAAUUUAAGUUUAUUACAUUACCUUAUAAGUUAAGAAGAUCCUCCUCCGGGACACAGUGGACUGUUUCUUAUAGGGAUUAAAUGACUAGACUCUCCAUAUUUACACAAAUUAGGUUUAAUAACAACUGUACUUUUCUAUAGACUCACAAGAUGUAAUAGUUGCUUAGCAGACUGAUGAUCACUCUUAACAAGUUGGUUUCUUCUCAACUAACCAAAACUUUCUUGGGGGAGAGUCUAAACAUUUUGCUUUUUAUGGAACCAGUCUUCAUCCUGAAGCAGCAGCAGCAUCACAGACAAACGGAAAAUUUUCUCGAGAUGUUUGCCGUUUAGUCGCCAGUUUUGUACAGGGUCCAUCUUAGUGUCUCAGAGAAUGUGGAGUUAAUAUAUCACUAAGGUACUAUAUUAUCCCCAGUUCUGUAAAAAAAAAAAUAAAUAAAUAAAUAUUUGAUUACAUGUCAUAUCAUACAAGUGACACAGUCACUCAGAUGUUUACCUUCUGUCAUGGAAUUGGAAUAUUCAAACACCUCCCAACUGUUUAUGAGAUAAAAAUAUAAUUGCUUGGAUUUGGAAAGGUCAUAUACAUAUGUAGUUUAAAUAUACAUAAAUAUAUACUCUGUAUUACUAUUAAGGCAAAAGUGAUAAUUCAGGUAAAUUACUUCACACUAAAAAGCAAGAUUUUAUAUUUAGGUGUUUCUGACUGAUUCCUAAAAUGGUACUCUGGAGGCUGUUGUACUAAUAAGUACUGUAAAUGAGACUAGUCUCAUUUCAUUGUUUGGAAGAAUAGAAUUUCCUUAAGUUGGAUCAUAAAGAAGGGAUAUUAGAAGAGAGGCAAUAGAGAAUUGUUAUCCACAUUAGUCCAAUGUUUGAAGGGUUUGGAGGCAGCUUCUGGCUGCCUUUUCUGAACACCAGGUAGCACUGCACGGAAUGUUUAGACAUGUUUUAACAUAUCUUGACCUGCCUGUUAUUUGGUAUCAUUACUUUGUAGAAUAAUAAAUAUAGAAAAAUAUAAUGUAUGUAUUUAGUAGUCCACUGUAGUCCAGAAUAAAAUGUUUAGUCACAAGCUAUGUGAAAAUUACAAUAAUUUUGCUAAGAAAAAACAUUAAUCUAAGGUGCCGGAAUGUGGGUGACAGGUAAAUGAACAAAGUGUUGUAAGUGUGAUAUAUUGACUGUCAAGCCACAAAAACCUCAACUGGCAUCCGACACAGGGAUAGUUCUCCUAUAUUGUUCUGUAAGAGGAAACGAAGGAAUGAGAGCCUUCAGAAUUUGUCCAUAGAGAGCCUGUAGUUACAUAUUGUCACAAAAUAUGGCAGUCUAGGAUCCCAAGAUGUACGGUAUUAUUAUUAUUAUAAUUGACUGUAGUAAUAUUUUGUCUAAUACUGUAUGUAUAUUUUUGUGUGAAAGAUCCUAUUUAUUCUGUGAAGGCCUUAGUACUUAUGGAAGGAAGAGCUAUUGACUUUAUUGCUAUUGCGGCAUUGAUGGUACACGUGUCUGUAGACCUCAGGGUACCUCAGCCAAUCUGGGAGACCUGUCGCUGUGUUAAACACAUAUGCACAGACUCUCUUCUCUGAUUGACAUUUUAGCUUCCUGCACAUCUCACCACUUAGGAUUGUUCUGCUGAAUCUUUCCACUCAAAGCUAUCACAGUAACUUCAACAUAUCAGAAGUCAUAACUCUUAGGUUUCUUUUGAUAGUCUUUUGUUUUAAAGGAGAACACUCAAAUGUGCAAUAAACUGCAACUUUUGGGUCUCCAGUUUUGCAUUUAGGUCAAUAUGAGAGGACAGUCUGUGUUAGAUCUUUUAUAAAUCAGUUAGGAAAAGAAAUCCUUUCCAAUUUAACUUCAGUUGAUUGACUUCUAACAUUGGCUCAUUCUCACAGUGGAAGACAAGUUUUCCUGAUUCAUAUUUUGAUUAUAUGAUUGUAUAAAUCAGUGUUUUAGCUGUAAAUUUAAAAUAGCUUCUUGUCUGACAGUGUGAGGGGAGCAAUAAUUAGGUUCUUUUGUGGUUGGUAUAUAUAUACAUAUACAUAUAUAUAUAUCGGAAUAAUGACAUAGUUGGCCUACUCUUAGGAAAGGUAGAACAUACCUUCACACUUAACAAGUCAUUUUGUCAAAUUUCAUAAUUGCUAGAUCAUUUGAUGUCAAUUGUUAAUCAUUCAGAUUAUUUUGAGGAACUAUUGUUAAGGUAUGUUAGCUGAAGCACUUUGGGAAGGCCUUCUAUAUUUUGUAAAUUCACUUAUGUACAAUGAUUCCCAUCGUAUACCUUUCCUACGUCGCUUCUCAAUUGUACUGUAAUCCUGACGUUCAUAUGGCAGCAUAUAUUUGCCAGGAUAUCUCCAAGCUGUUAGGUAAUAACAAUCAAAAGAUUAUCCUACAUGUAAAUGUGGAGAGACAACUGGUGACUGACAGAGCAUCCCUUAGGUUCUGGGUGCAGCAUUUCCUACUUAAAACCUAGAAAUGCUUCUUGCAGAAAUUCUAGGAGACUCUUGUCAUUCAUCACCCAUAACAGUUUGAAACAUCCAGUACAGCAUGUGUUAUUUUGCAAGUUACAAAUUUUUUUAUAAAAAACACAAAAGUUUAAAUAUCUUCCUCACUGUUCAAAAUUCUCUCUAAUUUUUUAGUUCAGUCCUUGGGGGCAUGGUGUUUACUAUCUAAUACCUAUACCUGUGUUCACUUAUUCAAGAUUUGCACAUGUUGCAGUGGCUGUUUAACUUGUUAUUUCAUUUAUAAAAUUAGUGUUCAGAGUGUUGAUGUAAAAAAAAUGUAAGUAUGGAUAAUCUGAAAGAAGUCAGUAAUUGACCUGUAACAUUCCGUUGUAGAUGAUGACAGCUUUUUUGUUGUUCUCAGCCAUAGAUUUAAAGGACCAGGUUUUUGUUUUAAAAAGCGGCACGCAUCCCUCCCUUUGAAAACCAAAAUUCUUACUAAUUGCUUCAGGUAGAAUUCUAGAGCAGCAUGCAGCCAUUGCCUGACAAGAGAAAAAGUAAACUCACAAUUUCCAUAACAGCUCUUUGUGCUUCAUUGCCUUGUUGCUUUGUUUUAAUUUACAAGUGUCCAGUAAUGCUUCUUUCAGCAUAAACAGUUUUGUUAGAACCUCAUAAAUAUAAAUCAUGAUAGUUUUAUUUUGAUACCUUUCUGCUGGGAAUUUUGUAAUGCAGCCAUUUGUAAAAGGAAAGCUCUGCACCAGUGACACUAAUCUACCAUACAGAAGUUGCACUUUGUCCAAAAAAAGUUCUAGUUCAUUUCAGAUAAUGAGUGCAAAUAAAGAGUCAAAGAACCCAUUCCCCAUUCUCUGGCAACAUAUCAAUCCUUAAAAGUGAGCCUUAUGUUUUAAUAAUAUACUUCAAAACUGAGUUCAUACAACAAUUUACAGUUUAAUUGUACUUCAAGUACAGUACAGGGUACCUUUUUCAUUGGUGCUGUAUAUCCGGAAAGUUAUAGGUUCCAUUGGAUGAAGUAAUGCAAAAGAUUCUUUUUCAUUCAAAAGUCUUGAUUUCCUUUCAAAAGAUUUAUUGAUAGGUUUAGGUGCCGCUGGUGGUCAACAUUAUGUACACAGGGUUGGGAUGGCGCUGGCCGCUGGGUGUAGGCAGUCUGCACAAAACCCCUGGCUUCUGUAAUCCGUCAUCAAUAAACACCUACACCCAC